CUCGGAGAUGACGGGCGGUGGGACACCUCAGUCUUUGCCGGGGCAACCCGCCAGACAGCUGAUGUAGCGGGCAUGAGAGGGCCGGCUUGAGGAGGGUCAUUCGAUCUUUUUCUCUGUCCUUGUAAAGUUUUCGAUUGGGCUGCUAGAUAUCAGUAAUAAUGGGAAGAAGCUAUUAUGUUGAAGAAUCUGUUGGACAGUAUCUGUCAGAGCUGAACGACAAGCCCAAAGCGCUUGUCACUGGUCUUUUAAUAGGUCAGUGUGCCCAGCAAAGAGACUAUGUCUUACUAGCUAUCCGAACACCUCCCAAAGAGGAAGGAAGUGAAAAGAGUGCAAAUUACCAUUCAAACUUGUCUAAUAUUGAUGAAGAAUGGAUCACAACACACGCCAAUCAGGUUUCAAGAAUGCUUCCUGGAGGACUGCUUGUUCUGGGUGUUUUUACUAUUGCAGUUCCAGAGGUGGCAAAAGAAAUCCAAAAUACUCUCCGGAAGCUUGUUUUUUCAGUAGAAAAAACUAUAGCUAGAAAAAGGUUGUGGAAGACAUCAGAUGACGACAUGUCAGACAGAGUGGCUCUUCAUCUUUGUUCUGUUACAAAGAAGUAUCCUUUUUACAACAGUCUAGCAUGCAGGUUCUGGUUUGUUUCAAAAAGGUGUGUUAGACAUGCUGAGAUGGUGCACAAUCAGAGCUAUAGCCUGAAAUUGCCAACAGCUGCAAAAGAGAUACAAGAAUUCUGUGGAGAACAGUGCUUCAGGCUCAAGCAGUGCAGGACUGUCAAACUUAAUUUUGCAAAGAGUACGGCCAAGCCAGCAGACUGGAAAUAUCAGAAUGGCCUUGCCACUUCUUGGGCAUCUUUAGAAUGCACUAUUAAUGUGAAUAUACACAUCCCACUACCAGCUACAUCGGCCAGCCAUGACCUGGAAAAAAAUACAAGGAAUGGAAUAGCGCGAUGGGCCAAACAGAUAGAGGGAGCUGUCUUUUUGAUCAACGGUCAAGUCAAAGAUGAUGAUAGUGACCUAGUGGAAGGGCAAAAAAAGUCUACAAGAAACAUGCCAUCAGCUACUCAAACCUUUGAUGUUCAAGUUCUAACACAGUUGUCACAAAGUUCAAAUUCCAGAUCCACAGCAACGGUCCAGGUCUGCAGUGGGUCAAUAAACCUUAAAGGUGCUUUAAAAUGCAAAGCUUACAUCCAUAAUAACAAGCCCAAAGUUAAAGAUGCUGUUAAGGCUUUGAAACAAGACAUAAUAAACACCCUCUCUGAUGGUUGUGAAAUCUUGUUUGAAGACAUGCCUAUAAAUGAAACAUCACAAGAGAAAGGUUCAAAAAGGGAAUACCACACCUUGCCUUGCAGAGUGUUUGGUCCCAUUGCAGGGUCCAAUGUACUGCUUUGUGAUUAUAAGUUUGGUGAUGAGACGGUCAAGGAGAUCCAAGAGCAUUUUCUUGAGAUGCUGGAUCAAGCUGUUCAAACAGAGGAUUUGUACACAGUCGAAGAAAUGAAUACAGUAGAAGUAAUCCCACCGAAGGAAUUCCAGGAUGAUGUGCAACAAAAGCGGUUGACAAAGGAAGUGGUUCUAUUGAAACUUCAUCAAAAUAUAGGACUGGUGAUAGCAGUGGCUGUUGCAAUAUCUGCUGCAGCUUUCUCGUUUAACUACUUCAGUGAUUAAGCUUCAGCUGUUAAGAACCAUCCUGACCUACUCCUGUCACUAUGGAUGCAUUCAAAUGAUGCACAUCUCUGGAACAGAAUACUGUUAACCACCUAUGUGUCACCCAACAAUACCAAUUAGCUGUUCUAAAUAAUGAUAACUCCUGCUUUCUCUUGUUUCUGCAUGCAAAUGUAGGUAUUAUGGUUUUAAAUAGCCAAAUGGAAAACCCAACAAGAUCAGGUGGCAAGUAAUAACUGUAACAUAAUAUUACUUUUCCAGGAAGAAUAGUCAAAUGUCUACUUUGGUUUUCCCCAUAUUAAAUAAAAGGGCCAUUAUUAAAAUUGUUUCUUGUUUUUUUUCCCCCAAAAGGUUU